UGGCACUUUCGCUGUUAAAGCCCGAAGAACCAGAACAGCACCGCAGUCUCUUCGUUCUCUUUCUUCAUAAUUCCUCUCAAGGCCUUGCUCCUCUUCCCCAUAAAACGCGUCCGUCGUCUCAAAUCACAGCCGGAAACCACUCUACAAUCCCUAUAACUCUUACCUAAAUCCUAAUGUUGUCAUCCCGACUAUCCCGUUCACUAGAUUACAGCAUCUGGAAGGCUUGCGCCGGUGGUUCCACCAGACUCCCGGCGAUCGGUUCAGGCGUCUUCUACUUCCCAGAAGGCCAUGCCGAACACGCAACUUCCCCUCCUGACUUCUCCUCGCUACUCCGAUUCCCAUCCUUCUUUCAAUGCAAUGUCACCGGCAUCUCCCUCCUUGCCAACCAACACAGCGACGAGGUUUACGCUCAGAUCUCACUCGAUCCCCGCCCAUCCAAUGCCGCCACUGCCAUGUGGCCAGACGACGAAUCGUCGGUUUCGUCAUUCGCGAAGGUGCUCACUCCAAGCGACGCGAAUAAUGGGGGAGGACUGUCAGUACCACGAUUCUGCGCGGAGUCCAUGUUCCCUCCUCUCGACCAUAUGAUGGAUCCGCCAUUCCAAACCAUCUAUGUCCUCGAUGUCCAUGGAAAAUCCUGGAAAUUCCGACACAUCUACCGCGGUACACCACGCCGGCAUCUCCUCACCUCGGGUUGGAGCGAUUUUGUUAAUACUAAAAAAUUGAUAUCAGGGGACACGGUCGUGUUUAUACGAAAUCUUGCCGGGGAACUUUUUGUUGGGAUCCGCCGCACUGGACGGAGCUAUGGAGGACAAAUAAGUUUAGAGGGCGGAGGUUUUAAGGAUGAGGUAUUUUUGAGGAAUAGGGGGAGAGUACUGCCUGAGUCUGUGAUCGAGGCCGUGAGAUUGGCGGAUAUGGGAAAGCCUUUCGAGGUGCUUUUUUACCCUAUGGUUGGAUUGCUGGCGUUUGUUGUGGCGAAGGAGAUGGUGGAAGCGGCGAUGGUCGUGCCUUGGGGGCCGGGAAUGAGAAUAAAGAUGGCGGUGGAGUCGGGGGACUCGUCGAGGACGACGUGGUUGCAGGGGACAAUUUCCUGCGCUGCUGUACCGGAGCGCGGCCGGUGGGCCCGUUCACUGUGGCGAAUGCUCGAGAUUAAAUGGGAUGAACAAGAUGUUCUGCAGGGAUUGAGAGCUGUAAACCCUUGGCAAGUGGAGUUGAUAUCAUCUGUCCUACCAUUUCACGUCAUGAAAAAGCUCAAGCUUACUGAAGGCCUUAAGGUAUUAGUUGAAGGACAUGGAAACAUGACCUUUUCAAUAACAGGAUUUGGUGGCACAGGGAUGCAGAGCUUAAUCCCAGCACCAUACAAUAUCAGUGAAUCUCCCUCUGGCAAACAGGGAGCCAGGCAUAUUUUCUCUAGUCUAUCGUCUUCUUUGGUGCCCAGGAGCACUAAUCAGGUGCUCUCUGAUAAUAUCCAUGGCUUUGACAAUGCAUAUUAUCCAAAUGUAUCAAGAUCUGACGGUAUAACCCAAGUCGUUAAAGAAGUAAUCCAUCACAAUGGAGUGGAGAUUGCUAGUGCGUGCAAGACAACUAUGAAGUCACGAAAAGGAUCAAUUCAGUUAUUUGGUCAGGUCAUUGAGACGGAGCAGCUAGACGAUAGAAAUGUUUCAACUGAAUUUCCUCUCUCAUUCACACAUAAGCAACUGCUUGACAAACAGAUUAGGGUUUCAGCUGUUGGUGAAUGUAAGUAGGGGAGCCUUUGCAGCUUGUACAGCUGUAACCGGUGAAGGAAGCAGAAUAUAAAUGGUUGCUUUUUCUUCUUGCUUGGACUAAAAGCUUAGUAACUAUGAAUUCAACAUUUCCAUGUUAGCUUCUUCUACUCAGUUGAUAAAUGUUUAGCUGCUAAUUUUGGUGUUGGUAGCACUUAUCCUUAUGUUUAAGAUGUACUGUGACCCUUCUUUUGCUUAAAUUAUCUGACAAUCAUGGUCAAGUAGACAUUGGUUGAUCAUCAGUUUCUGCCAUAGAGGUAGCCUCUAGUGAUUAUAUUAACUUAAUUGUAAUAUGGAGUCUAAGGUUUUAUUUAGGAUGGCUCUUUUACUGUUUCUUAGAGCAGCUUUUUAGUACAAAAAUUAAAAUUUUUUAGGUUGGGAUGAUAAAUCGGAUCAUUUUUUGGAUUUAUUAUUCUGUGCGGAGUUCGGAAGGCAUUCGGAGACCGAUAAAAAUGUGCCACAUCACCACAAAAUGUAUCGCGCCUGGUACCGAGCGCUUAACCGGACGGGUGAACUGUCCGAUGUCCGAACAUAAAUAAAAGCUCUAUUUUUUGACACUCAACUCAUUUUUAAUGAUUUAUCAUUUUUUUUAAAAAAAGUUGUGAUUACUUUUAUUUAGAAUGCUUUUCCUUCGAUUUAUAUCGUAUGAUUUAUUUUAUAUUUUUACAGUGGCUGAUUUGAUUUGAGGACCAACGGCUAUUUAAUAGAUAGAUUAGUUUCAACCGUUUCAACGUUGAACUAAUCAAAUGGCUGAUCCGAUUCAUUAUAAAAACCAUUUUUGCAUUAAAUCGUAGCAAAUUAGCUAGAACUGUUUGUUCAACUGAUGAACCGACUGGUUCAAUGAACCAUUUGUUUGAUUAUUUUUAUUUUCUACAAUUAUUUGGAACGUUUUUACUUCCUAUCUGCUUGUGAUUUAAUUUU